CACCAAAACAAUUGUACGCGGCAUUUGGCUGCUCCCACAGGUUCUCAUCCUCGUCUAUCGUAGAUUUUGUCAGCAAAAAUAAAAGAAAUGGCAAAGUAUGAUGAUUUACUAAUAGACAGCAAAAAGACGAUUAGCAAGUGGGAACAUGAAUUUCAGAAAACAAACGGGCGGAAACCCUCCAAGGACGAUUUCAAAGUUGCCCCGUGUGAAGUCACAGAUGCAUACAAGCUAUAUUACAAAAUCAAAAAGAAACAAGAACUAGUCAAAAGUGGUGAAGUAUCUCCAGAGUCCUUACCUAAUAUCACAAUAGGGCAGGCGCAGAAUAAAGAGGAUAACCCCAUUCAGGAAUUAUCUAUUGAGGAACCAAUAAAAGAUAAUGGGUCUUCUGUCUGGGGAGAACAUUUAAACAAACAAAAAUCUUCUCAAGAAAUAACCAAGUCAAAAGACGCUUCCACCACAUCUACCUCGUCCUGCCUCACAUAUUCAAAGUUGACAGAAAAGCUGAUGAAAGGUGCCAAGAUUAACAUCAGAACUAGCCUUACCCGCAAAUUGGGCAAGAAAUCUAUGAGCUCUCCCGUAAUUAAAUUGAACGACAAUCAGCUCAAUAGCAGCCAGCUGAGUGAAUCAUGCAAAAGUGAAUAUAAAAACAGUUUGUUGGCGUGCCCUGAUGAUGGUGAUCCUUUUCCGACAACCUCCAAAACCAAAAAGGAAGAUGAUCCUUUUUCUGGAACUUCCAAACCCAAAAAAGAAGAUGAUCCUUUUCCUGGAACUUCAAAAACCAAAAAGGAAGAGGAUUCAGAGUUAAUUCUAGGUUUCAAACCAAAGAUUGUACAACAUCAAGCCACACAGAAGCAACCAUUCAGUUUGACCAUGGCACGCCAACGAAUCGCUACCAGACAGGUGGAUCUUCAAUGGUUAGACGGCUGCUUAGUAGAAGAUGGGUGUAGCGUACCGAAUAAACCCGAGGUAUUCGAUGACCAAGAUGUAAUUUAUUCUACAGAUGAUGAAGCACCUAAGCCAUCAAAAAUUACUACGACCGCCCCUCAAACUAAAAUAGACCCAGUAACUUCCCCUCCUGUAGCACAAAAACGGAAAUAUUAUGAAGAUCAAGUUCCCGAAUGCAGCCAAAAGAAGCCCAAAAUGGAUGAAUCUCUUAUCCUCCAAGAAAACGGAUUUGGCCAUGAAAAUUUGCCCAGCGCUACUGAAGGCAAUAGCGCAGAUAAACCUACGAAGUACGCAAAAGAAAACUCUUCGACGGCUGCUAAACGCGAAAGAUUAGAAAGCAAAAUGGCUUCAGGCACAGCGAAUCAAAAUUUCGUGAAAAUUAACCUGAAGAAGAAAGUGUUUGCCCGUGGAAAGAAAACGCUCACGGGGGGAUCGUACAAGAGACAACAAUGGAAACAAAGACAAAACGGUGGAGUUAGUGGUGGUGGUAAAGGCAAUUACAAGUUUAAAAUGGUCACAUCUUGUCGUCGUUGUGGUGAGAUCGGACAUUGGGCCAAAAACUGCAUGAGCGAGAAACUAUUGUCCAUGGAAGAAUUGAAAGAACAAGGUGAUGAAGAAGAUCUUAGCUUCCCGACUCUUGAAGAAGCUAUGGACAAAGCGGAUGAAGUCACAAGCAAACAGAAGAAUAAAAAAGAAACAAUCGAAACUGAUGAACGUGGCGAAGACGAUUUGCAACUGGUAGAGCUUCCUAAAGUGAAUCAAGUUGAGCCAUUUUGCACUGCCGGAGAACCUGUCCCUUCUAUUCUUAUGCAAAUGCUCAAGAAAUUCGGGCACACUAGUUUCCGUGCGGGGCAAGAAGAAGCCGUUAUGCGAAUUCUUUCGGGCAGCUCCACGUUGGUUGUUCAAAGUACUGGGUCCGGCAAAAGUUUGUGCUAUCAACUACCCGCCAUGGUAUACGCCCAGCGUUCCAGCUGUAUCACCAUCGUUGUCUCUCCACUCGUUUCCUUAAUGGAGGAUCAAGUCGUAAACCUCCCUUCGUUCGUUAAAGGUGUCUGCCUACAUUCUGGCCAAUCCGAAGGCGUCAGACAAAAAACCCUUCAGUUAUUGCAAUCUGGUGCUGUUCAAAUCCUCCUCGUGUCAGCUGAAUCUGUGAUUUCAACUGGCCCUUACGGAUUGGUAACGCUUUUACGCACGUGCCUACCACCUGUCGCAUUUGUUUGCAUUGACGAAGCUCACUGCGUUUCGCAAUGGUCCCACAAUUUUCGGCCAUCUUACCUUCGUAUUUGCAAGGUUCUCAGGGAGAAAAUGAAUAUCAAAACUAUUCUGGGAUUGACAGCUACUGCUCCUAAAUCUACACUGAGGAGCAUUGCUGAUAAUUUAGGUGUUGAUUAUGAAUCAGGAGUCAUCCGAGGUGUAUUACUGCCCAGCAAUCUCUAUUUGACCGUCUCGCGUGACAAGGAUCGCGAUGCAGCUUUGAUCCAACUACUGGAAGGCAAGCGGUUCGCUGAUUUUAACGCCAUCAUCAUUUAUUGCAUCAGACGCGAAGAAUGCGAACGAUUAGCCACGCUACUCAGAACAUAUUUGAAAGAUCCUCUCAAGGAUUUGGAAAGCAAAGGUGCCGGACGUCGGCGAGGCAUUUCCUGGAGCGCCGAAGCUUAUCACGCCGGCAUGACGGCUGCCCGGCGUAUUUCGGUCCAGAAGCAAUUCAUGUCCGGCAAGAUGAAAAUUGUUGUGGCUACCGUGGCUUUCGGUAUGGGAAUCAACAAGUCGGACAUUAGGGCCAUUAUCCAUUACAACGCUCCCAAAAAUUUCGAGAACUACGUCCAGGAAAUUGGACGAGCCGGACGAGAUGGUCUACCUGCCCAUUGUCACGUUUUCCUCAAUUCAGAGGGGAAAGAUUUACAAGAAUUGAGGCGAUUCAUUUAUGCAAAUUCCACUGAUCGACAUGUUUUAAGAAAAUUGAUGAGAAAGAUUUUACCUGAGCCCUGUCAGUGCCGUGAACAAGAUGGUACAGGUGCGUGUAAAGGUCACGAAGUGGCCAUGGUAAUUGAAUCGACUGUUCAGGAACUGGAUAUGCCCGAAGAAAACAUUGCUACGUUACUCUGCCAUUUGGAAUCGCAUCCGGCUCGUUGGGUUCUUGAAGUCGGUUCUCGAGUUUACGCUACGUGCACGGUUCGGUGUUACGGCGGACUCCAGCAGCUGAAAAUGGCCGCCAGAGACUGUCCGGCUUUAGGCGCAGCUCUGGCACUACAGAAAGCGGACACGACAGCCGUCAGGAAGUUUGCUGUUGUUGAUGUAGCUCGCAAAAUAGGCUGGGACAGCGGUGCUGUCAAACGUCAACUUAAAUCGCUUGAAUGGGAUCGCUCUGCGGUAGCCAUUGGAGGUAAACCAAGACGAUCAGGCAUUUUAGUGGAAUUUUCAGAUCUUGCGUUCCAUCUGCAUGUUCGGGGAGACCUCUCCGAGACAGAACAAGAUGCCGCGUUAGAGUUCAUCCACCAGCGCUGUCUGAACCGUGAAGCCAACGAAAUUCAACAGCUACAGCGUAUUCAUCAAGCUUUGUUGAGCAUUUCUCAUGCCCAGUCAUCUUCGUGCUGUGAGGAAGUUGAUGAAGCAAGGAGUGACAAGUUGCGUAGUUUUAUCAAAGACUACUUUGAAGAAGAAGGUGGGGUCCCUCAACCUAUUGAAGAAGUUGUUCACUGUCCAGAAAACCAAGAACAACACAUACGGGCCACCAUUCGCAGUUUGAUCCUAAAUUAUCGGGAUCAGACGUUCACUGCACGAUCUAUCGCUAGGAUCUUACACGGCAUCUCCAGUCCUUGUUACCCUGCCGAGUUUUGGGGCAAAGCCCGCCAGCAUUGGCGAGCUCAACUCCAUCAAGAUUUCAACCUUCUCGUCCGGAUGGCUGCUCAAGAAUUGCUAGCUCUAAAAUAAUUUCAUUUAGACGUCAUUUUUAGCUAAAUUUUUAUUUUGUCUGUACUGAUACAUUAUCG